CGGUCUAAGGAUUCGGAGGACAUUUAGCGACGGACAUGUUUCCUUCUCAGGAUCUUACAGCAUGAAGAAGGAGCAAGUUGUCCACUGUCAGUUCUCUGUUUGGUAUCCGAUAUUUAAGAAGCACACGAUAAAGAGUCUGAUCCUUCCACUGCCUCAGAAUGUAAUAGACUAUUUACUGGACGAUGGGACACUGGUAGUCUCUGGAAGUGAUCACAACUCUCAGCCGAUACAAACCAACAACAGUGAGUCAGAUGCUGAGGAAGACGUACAGUGGUCGGAUGACGAGACGACAGCGAUAGCCACUGCUCCCGAAUUCCCAGAAUUCACUUCUACAGUGCUGGAGGCCAUCAACGCCCUGGGUGGGUGUGUCUUCCCCAAACUCAACUGGAGCGCUCCGCGGGACGCCAACUGGAUCGCUCUGAACAGCUCGCUGGAGUGCCGCAGCCUCAGCGACGUCUUCCUGCUCUUCAAAAGCUCCGACUUCAUCACACACGACCUCACGCAGCCGUUCCUUCACUGCAGCGACCAGGACUCUCCAGAUCCCGUCAUCAGUUAUGAGCUGGUGUUGAGGAAGUGGGCGGAGCUAAUUCCUGGCGGAGAGUUUCGCUGCUUCGUCAAAGAAAACAAACUGAUUGCCGUCUCCCAGAGGGACUACACGCAGUACUACCAGCACAUCCUGAAGCAGGAGCAGCACAUCUCCCAGGCCAUCCAGGACUUCUUCAGCCAGCACGUUCAGUACCGCUUCCUGGACGAGGACUUUGUGUUUGACGUGUACAGAGACAGCCAGGGCAGGGUGUGGCUCCUCGACCUGAACCCAUUCGGAGAGGUGACCGACUCGCUGCUGUUCAGCUGGGACGAGCUGAUGUCUGGAGAAGUCGUCGACCACCAGCAGCAGGACGGCCCGGCGUUCCGCUACACCACAAGCGAAGUGACGGUGCAGCCUAGUCCGUGUCUGAGCUACAGAAUCCCGCGGGACUUCGUGGACCUGUCCGCCGGAGAGGACGCCUACAAGCUCAUCGACUUUCUGAAGCUGACGAAGAGCCAGCAGGAGGAAUCCGAAGAGGAGAAUCCUCCACAGUGAUGUCAGCUUUUUGUAUAAUGGUUGUGAAGAGACUCGUUUCCCCGCUGUCAUUUACUUCUAUACCAUUUUCUUGUCCUCACGCUGCUCUGUACCACGUCUUCUGAACCGAGUCACAGCUGAGAAACAGAACUUAAGUUACCGAAUCAUGCUAGCAACUCCUGGAGAUCAUAUUUUUUGUCAGGUUUUUCCCUCCUCUGUAACUGUGGAGGGUCUCACUUGUCUGCUUUUAUAUAUUGAAAUAAGUGCAUGUAGAAGUUAUGAAAAGUUAAUGUGGAAAAAAGUAGAACACCCCAAUAAAUAUUGACUUCUUCACACA